UUGACUUUAGUAAUGUUUAUUGAGAAACUGUGCUCUGCAUCAUAAACCUGAUACAGAAAGUUGAAUUUUUGUAGAUAAGAGUUAUUAAAAAAUCUACCAUGAUGAAACCAAGUAGAGAAAUAAUUAAAAUUUCUAUGAAAGCAGUGGUCAUAAAUAUUUAUAGCAGCAUUAAUGAGGGGGAGUCACCUUCAAGUCUUGAUGCCUUUAUUAAGUCACUAGAAAAGGACAAAGACUGCUAUAAAUGUGAGACUGAGAAUUUGUUGAAGGUAUUAAGAAACACAUUCUCAAGUCCUAAGAGAACCUCUACUUGUGGCAGCAUUAAAAAAAAAAAUCAUCCAUCCAGGUGAGUUUGGAAAAUCACUUUGGAAGAAGAGGAACAAUUGAGUCAAAGUGUAAAAUAAAUGAAUGUUGUGGCAAAAAUUCAGGGUAACUUCAAAGUUUUAACAGCUGAGAGAGACAAAAAUCUCAAUUUUUAUGAACAGGCACAGGAGGAGAUAUCCCAGCUUAGUCAGGAAGUUAUAAAAUGUUCCAGGACUCCUAAAAGCACUGUGGCAGAUCAAGCUGUAUUAAGAAACAUGGAGAUAGAAAGGGAUACAGCACUGUCAGGUUUCCAAAGGAUGCCUAGAGAACAUGAUGGACUCCGGGAGCAGUUACAGAUUUCCCAAGGAACUGCAUUUAAUGAAAAGGCUCAUUUAAAACAGAGAUUUGAAGAGCUUGAAACUACUAUUCACAAUUUAGAUAAUGAGCAGUUAGAACAGAUGUCCAAAGUGGUACUAAUGUAAGACACCAUUGAUUCUCUGGAAACUGAGAUGAAAAGAUUUACAAGAAAAGUACUGGAUUCUAAAACUGGGCUGAAUUGUCAGGAAGCUGAAUAUGCUUCUCUUAGUUUAUUGAAUGAAAAGACAGAACUGAAUCUUUUAGAGAUUCAAUGAAGCCUUGUGAAGAAAAAACUUGAACUGCAGCUUAGUCAGGAGAAAAUUAUGCAUUUAGAUGAAAAAACUGAUAACUUUUCAAGAUAAAGUCUUGUACCUUUGAAAGAAACAAUUGCACAACUUAAGUCAUCCUUGCAAGACUGUGUAGGAGAAGGAAGAGAGAGGAUUGCUACUUUUCAGGACAGCUUUGCAAUUAAAGAGAAAAUUAUUUCAGAUUUCAAGAUCAUGAUUUCAGAGUUGGAGCAUUCCAAGGGAUAAGGACAAAAAUCUGCUGAAGAAGUCUCUGUCUGUGAGAAGGGUAUCACCAGUUUGCAUCAACGGCUGCAAAAAACCAACAAAGCUCAGAAUAACAAGAACAGAGAAUCAUUAUCUCAGGAGAACAACAGACUACAAGAGCAUCUUUCUAAUAUUCAGCAAGAAAUUCAGGUACUGUAUAAAAAACUAGCAAAGUUUUAUACUGAGCUUGAUGAUAUUAAGUUGAAAGCCCAGGAUUCAAGCAGAGAUAUUUUCAGGCUGAAGCAUGUGCUGUAGUCUAAACAAGCUUUAUGUGUUAGUAGAGAGAACUGUGAGCUCUUGGAGAAUUAUCACAAAGCCUGUGAACAAGGAGGAAGUUUGGAAGCAAAAUGCCAUGAAGCAGAAACAGGCUUUUCCUGUUACACUGGCAGAUCAGUGCAGUCUGAGAGCCACAGUUGGAAAGGGAAAAUAAAGUCCCUUGAAACACAGAUAGAGUAUUUGCAGAGCAAGUGUGAGUCAAGCCAUUCUGAAACAGAGCUGCUGAGAAAACAACUGGAAAAUGAAGAAGCAUCUAUGAAAAACCUGGAAUCUUUGCUUUUGUCCAAUUGUGAGAACAAAUUUCGGUCACAGAGAGCAAAGCAAGAGAAAGACUCUGAAAUUCAGUUUUUCAAGGAACAGCUUGCUUUAGUAGAAAAUAAUCUUGCUGUGCAGAAUCAAGAUUUUACUCACCUCAGAAAAGCAGCUCAGUUAGAGUCAGAACUGGAUAUCACCAAAACACAGCUGGGGACUGAGUGCUUUGAUAGGCAAGUAUAUGUUUUUGAGCUUCAUCAUCAGAGUUGUACAAAUUCACAUCAGUUAAGCUCUACAUUAAAAACAUCAUGACCUCAACAUUCCCAUCAUCAAUCUUCUAAUGGGUCUCUGGACUAGUCUCUGGAAGGCUAG